UACCGAAUCCCCUCCUAACCAAUCAGCCAGCGUAUCUAAUAGGCCUACAUAGCACCUGCCCAACCAAUCAGCACUGUCCGAGAGUUGCGGGCCCCUGAGCAGAGCAGAGCAGAGUUGUGGUGAGCUGAGCUGAGUUGAUCGCCAUCGCCAUCGCCAUCGGCAUCACCAUGCAGGAGUGCCAGACACAGCUGUGCCUCUCUGUCUACAUCAUCACCUUCCUCACGGGGUUCCCCACCAACAUACUGGCCUUCUACACCUUCAUCUGCAAGGUGCGCCGCAAGCCCACGCCCAUCGACAUCCUCCUCCUCAACCUCACCGUCUCGGACCUGCUCUUCCUGGUCUUCCUGCCCUUCAAGAUGCAGGAAGUGGCCAACCACAUGACAUGGAACAUGCCUUACUUCCUGUGCCCCCUCUCCGGCUUCGUCUUCUACAUGACCAUCUACAACAGCACGCUCUUCCUCACCGCCGUCAGCGUGGAGCGCUACCUGGGCGUGGCCUUCCCCAUCCGUCACUCGCUGGGCCGCCGCCCCCUCUACGCCGUGCUGGCCAGCAUCUUCAUCUGGGUGAUCUGCACCAUGCACCUCAGCAUCGUCUUCAUCAUGCCCUACUACAACCCCGUCGGGGACAAGCACGUGAUGAUGAACGAGGAAUGGGGUGGCGGCAACAGCAGCAGCAGCAGCAGCGGAAGCACCAGCGUGGAGCAGACACACGUCGCCGACAACCUCCAUCCGUUCACCGGCGGUCCCCAUCCGCACCGCUCGAACGUCUGUUACGAGAACUUCACCGAGGCGCAGCUGGCCAUCCUGCUGCCGUACCGGCUGGAGCUCUGCAUAGUGCUCUUCUGCGUGCCGCUCGUCGUCUGCUCCUUCUGCUACGUCAACUUCAUCCGCAUCCUGCUGCGGCUGCCCAACAUCAGCCGGCGGCGGCGCCUGCGGGCCAUCGGGCUGGCGCUGGGCACGCUGGUGGUGUUCGCCCUCUGCUUCGGGCCCUACAACGUGUCGCACGUGGUGGGCGUGGUGACCAAGAGGAGCCCGCGCUGGCGCGACCUGGCGCUGCUCCUCAGCACCUUCAACGCCUGCCUGGACCCCUUCAUCUUCUACGUGUCGUCGCCGGAGGUGCGCAGCACGCUGGGCAAGAUGCUGGAGGGCAUCUGGAGUCGGGUGCUGAUGCUGCGCUUCUGGGGCGGCGCAUCCGCAUCUGCGUCCGCCUCUGCAUCCGCCUCUCCGCAGACGCACACGCAUGUGGACACGCACACCUGCAUGCAGCGCUUCUGGGGCGGCGGCGCAUCCUCAUCCGCCUCCCCGCAGUCGCAUGUGGACAUGCACUACUGCUGUUGCUGCUGCAGCCUUUGGAGGAUGGAAGAUGGACACGACAAGAAAGCAGCUCUACCCAAGCAACCAGACCAGGUCAACGCUCUAUGA